CGCGGAAGAGCAGGAGCGGAAGCGCGCGCGCGUGACCGGAGGCGCGUCAGAGAUGGACCGGACCGGAUCAUGGAGCUCGUGUCCGUCCUGCUGAACCGAGCCUGGCGUUUAACGGGACUCUCUGACAAGAGAAGCAGGAGGAUGGAGGAGAAAGCGCUGGAGGUGUACGACGUGAUCCGGACGAUCCGUGACCCGGAGAAACCCAACACUCUGGAGGAGCUGGACGUGGUGACGGAGAAGUGUGUGGAGGUGCAGGAGCUCGGAGACGAGGAGUAUCUGAUCAUCAUCAGGUUCUCUCCAACCGUCCCACACUGCUCUCUGGCCACCCUGAUCGGUCUGUGUUUGCAGGUCAAGCUUCAGCGCUGCCUGCCGUUCAAGCACAAGCUGGAGAUUUACAUCACGGAGGGAACGCACUCGACCGAGGAGGACAUUAACAAACAGAUCAAUGAUAAAGAGCGCGUGGCGGCCGCGAUGGAGAACCCAAACCUGCGUGAGAUGGUGGAGCAGUGCGUGACCGAGCCGGACGACUGACAGACGGCUGAUCAAACCCUGGCAACUGUCUCCGAGUCUCUCUGUUCUUCUGACUUCAGCUUGUUGAAGAACAGCAUUCCUCAAAACACAGACACUUCCUGUUCAACUUCCUGGUGUAUGAGCAAAAUGUUGCAUCAAGCCACAAAAGAAACUAAAUCUGACUCAAGAAUUGAGAUAUGAGCCCUCAUGACCUUAUCUAACCUAGAAUGUUUUCAUGCACGAAAAUUUGAACUUUGACAUGAACGGCUCCAAAAAACACAAUAAAAAUGAUUAUUCAUAAGCCAAAGUGUGACAUUUGAGACUCAUGACCCAAAUUUCUGAGACUGUAUCGAUCCUCAGCAUCCGUCCUCAUUCACUUUCACUGAAUGGAAAAGAGCAGCCUGGACAUUCUGCGCAAUAUCACUCAUUUAGUUUGAAACGGCAUGAAGAUGAGUCAAUGAUUAUAAACGUAAUGUUUGUGAGAAAAUAACAACAAAUGUCACGCUCUGUUAUCCAUCUUGUAGUCUGUGUGUGAAAUUAACUACAUUUUAAAGUUGUUGUUUUUUUGUGGUGGACAAUGAGUUUGUAAAUAAUUUGAUUUUGUAAGGGGAAAAUCUAUAUUUGUAGAACUCAAGAUCUUACGAAUAAAAUCCUUUACAGUGAA